AUGUCCAACUUCAUUUCGGAUACGUUAGCUCGGAAGCUCAUGACACCUCGAGCGAGAGUUAAUGUAUCAGUGUCUGGCAUCGGAACUUCAAGGCAGCAGAUAAAGGGUUCGACCACGGCGAUCGUUCGUUCAAGGAACCUUCAAUUCACCACCCCAUUGGAGUUUCUGAUCCUGGAUACACCCUCGGCGGACAUUCCCACCUCACCAAUCAACGUGUCUUCGUGGAACAUCCCGGAUGUAACGCUAGCAGACCCCACGUAUCACAUCCCAGGCAAGGUCGAUGUGGUCAUCGGUGGCGAUACGUUCUGGGAGCUGCAUACCGGACGUAAGCAAUCUCUCGGUUCGGGUCUGCCAUGGUUGGUAGAAACGCAGUUUGGAUGGGCGGUAGCAGGAAAUACAACGCAUUCGUCUCAACAACAUCGGGUGUGUAAUAUGGCAACGAGCGACAGUCCGUUGGAAGCCAUAUUGACGCGGUUCUGGGAGAGCGAGACCAUCUUCGACGAGCCCGCUCUAUCUCUGGAGGAAGACAUGUGUGAACGUCAUUUCAUCUCUACUACAACCAGAGACCCAUCUGGCAGGUAUGUCGUACGUUUACCACAAAAUCCUAAUUCGAAUGUCGUUUUAGGAGAAUCGAAAGCAAUCGCUGAUCGUCGUCUCCUAGCGGUGGAACGGCGGCUCAAGUCUAACCCUGCAAUGAAGGAGGAGUAUAGUAAUUUCAUGUCGGAGUAUGAGCGCUUAGGCCACAUGAAACAACUCACCGAGCCGGUGGACGAUUCGUGUGAACACUACUAUCUCCCUCAUCACGCGGUGCUUAAGGAAUCGAGCACAACCACCAAGGUCAGGGUAGUCUUUGACGCGUCGUGCAAGACAUCUUCUGGCUACUCCUUGAACGACAAACUCCUGGUUGGGCCGGUGAUCCAAGACGAUCUGUUCACCAUCAUCGUUCGUUUCCGGUCUCACGCAGUCGCACUCUCAGCAGACGUUGAGAAAAUGUAUCGCCAAAUUCUCCACGAUUCUCGCGACACUGAAUACCUGCGCAUUCGGUAUAGAGGAAACACCGCAGAGCCGAUUCAGACGUUUCAACUGCAAACGGUUACAUAG